UUUUCUUUAGGGUUAAAUGAUUCCGUUUUACUAGAUUGAAGUCACGGACUCUUUUGGCGCAAAAAAGAAAAAAUAAAUGAAUAAAAGAAAUCUGAAAGUUGUAAAUAAAUAAAUAGGAUCAUUUAUGGAAUGUAAUAAAAUAUUGUUUUGCUAUUCCCGUUCAGAUUUGAAAAGCGGCCACUGACAGUGAAUGUGAUGAAAUGACUGCAGUCGAUGGUCAUGGUGGCCUAUAAAUUACGUCCUUCCGUUUGUGAUUUGUGAUAUUUGUAAAACCAAAUCGGAAGGGGGGUGCGGUGUUGAAAGCGGCGGCGAUUGUGUCAGGAGCUGGCGGACGAUGGUGGAAGAAAGGGUGGAGAACAAGACGUAUGCGGCUGGAUCUGGAUAUCGGGAAUUCAAUGGAAGAAAUGAAUUCUCGUCCAACGUUUUGCACGGGAUAUUAGCUUGUGCGUUGUGGAUUGGAGCUUUGCAUUUCGACUUCUACCUCUUAGUUUUCUCCCUUCUCUGCCUUCCAUUCUCCAAAUUCCUUUUGGUGGUUGGAUUGUUGUUGGUUUUCGCUGUUGUUCCUAUCGAUCAUAACAGUAAAUUUGGGCUGAGGUUGGCCAGGUAUAUAUGUAGGAAUAUGUCCAAUUAUUUUCCCACCACUCUCCACGUUGAGGACAUUAACUACUUCCAGCCUGAUCGUGCUUAUGUUUUUGGUUAUGAGCCACAUUCAGUGUUGCCAAUAGGAGUUGUUACGUUGGCUGAACGUACAGGUUUCAUGCCUCUUCCCAAACUGAAAUGCCUUACCACCAGCCCUGUAUUCUACACUCCAUUCUUGAGGCAUAUAUGGACAUGGUUGGGUGCCUCACCAGCCACAAGGAAGAACUUUUGUUCCCUGUUGGAAGCUGGUUAUAGUUGUAUCGUAGUGCCUGGUGGAGUGCAAGAGACAUUUCUCAUGCAGCAUGAUUCUGAGGUUGCAUUCCUUAAGUCACGAAGAGGAUUUGUUCGUAUAGCCAUGGAAAUGGGGUGUCCACUGGUCCCAGUUUUCGCCUUUGGUCAGUCACAUGCGUACAAGUGGUGGAAACCAGGUGGCAAGCUCAUCCUUCAACUUUCAAGAGCUAUCAAAUUCGUUCCUAUGCUAUUUUGGGGAGCUUUUGGAACACCUAUACCGUAUCAACGUCCGAUGCAUGUGGUGGUGGGGAAACCUAUUUACUUGAAGAAAAAUCCCCAACCUACUGCCGAAGAGGUUCUGGAAGUGCAUGACCAAUUUGUUAAAGCACUUGAAGAUCUCUUCGAGAGACACAAAGCUCGGGUUGGAUACGAUGACCUUCAUUUAAAGAUUCUUUAGUUUCAGCUUAUUUUAAGUGAACAGUGUUUCUUUAUUUCCCAAUUUCUUGUAUCCUCUUGUUCACUAGCGAUGCCUCAAGGAACUACUCAGUGAUUAAAUUUAGUUAUUUACAUCAUCUCAAUAUGAAUAUUAUGAUUAUCCUUCAA